AGAGAGAGAGACACACACAGAGAACCACCAUAGGUUGCGGGUGGAAAAACUUAAAAAAUAAGGAACACGCAUGCACAUGCGCGUGUGCAAUACAAGAAAGCUGCUCAACUUCAAAAAACGAAGCAAAAAUAUUUUAUUAUACACGUACCCGUCUCUCUCACCCCCACCUCUUUUUACUUUUCCAACAACUUUGAUUAAAAUAAAACCUCCUCGUUUAUUUUUUACAUCAGAAUUAGUUGCGAUGUGUUGAGGGAAAGACCUCUGCCCGCCGAUGGCUGCUGCUUCGUGAUUUCGCACACACGGACCGACCGACCGACCAACCGACACGUUCAUUCUUUGCUGACUUGAGCGAGUGAUUUCGCGCCGCGCGGACAUCAACACCGCCACGUGCUCCCGCAGUCAAAAUUUCCCGACGCCCCCUGUGCAACCCCUCAAAAGUGCGUGAUUUUGGCCAGUGAUCUCAACUGUGACAAGAGAGAAUAUCCGAGUCAGCGUUUUUCCAAAGGUCAUGGCAAAUGGUACAAAGUGACAAGCGAGUUGCGAUUGUCAGUCUGCUGGAAAAUGACUUCUGCUGAGGUGUGCGCCCCCGGCUACAGCCUCCGAUGGAACAACCACCAGUACCACAUUCUCAAUGCUCUCGACGCACUUUUGCAGGACGAGGCUUUUGUUGACGUUACUUUGGUUUGCGACGAAGGAAGGGUCAGGGCACACAGAAUUGUCCUGUCCGCGUGUAGUCCAUAUUUUCAACGCAUCUUACUGGACUCGCCAUGCAAACAUCCAGUCAUAGUUUUGAAAGAUUUGAAGGAAUGGGAAGUGCAAGCAAUAGUCGAUUUCAUGUACAAGGGCGAAAUCAGCGUGAGCCAGGCGCAACUUUCGUCCUUAAUCAGAGCCGCCGAGUCGCUGCAGAUCCGCGGACUGGCGCACAUGGAGAAAGAACCGCAAUCAGUGAGCAGCCACGAGCUGAUGGAAACAGCCGCCACCCCUGGCUCACCUUCUUCGGCACCUCCGCUGCCCUUUUCGCCAGUGCCGUUCACGGGGCCCCGAGGCCCUGAGAACGGAUCCCUCCUCCUUUCCUCACCCUUUUCGCCCUCACCCGCACCCCAUUUCGAGCCUUCGCCAGUGAAGCAAUCGCCGAUGAGUGAGGCCAGUUCGCCCAUCAACUGCCGAGACCACCACAGAGUUUCGCCUGUUCCCAGAAGAAAACAGGCGAGACCGAGAAGACGAUCUGGUGAAAUGGUGGCACGCGACCUCAAAAAGCGGCAACCGAGUCGACCUCCGUCGCCCGACCUGCCUGAAAACUUGAGCAUCAAAAAGACGCAUUCGUCGGAAAAGGUCAACACCAUUCUCAACUCGUCCGCUUCGCCGCCGACGGAACACUGCCCGGCGCCGUCGACGCUGCACUCGCCGCCGGCCAGCGGCGCCCCCGAAAGCCCGCUGACCUCGGCCGACCUGCCGCCAAACAAGGCACCCUCGUCGCUGCCCGCCGACCUGGCCGCGAGCGAACGACUGCUCGAUUUUUCCAUGGGUGGCUCUCCCCACACCCUCGGCCUUCCAGUGAGUGCCCCACCUCAGUUCACAUGGGAUGCGCAAUUAGACACAGCAGGUUUUCCUGUUUUACCCACCGUUUCUUCUAUGCCACUGACUCCGCCACACAUGUUUUCCAUGGAAUCGGCACAUUUAGGUUUAUUUCCCCCAAUAGAUGCGAGAAAUCAUCUACUGCACGAUUUGCCAGAACCAAGACACGAUAACCCUUUGAUGAAUAAAAGGAAAUUUCGCCCAAAGGGGCAGCACAGCGCGCCGCGAGGCGGACCGCCGCGGUCGUGGACCAACGCCGAGCUUACCGAGGCGCUGCAGCAUGUAUGGAACAAGAAGAUGACAACGUCCCAGGCGUCGCGAAUCUUCGGCAUACCAUACAACAGCCUGCUGAUGUACGUGCGUGGCAAGUACGGCAAGUCGCUCAAGCUGGAGCAACUGAAGAAAGACUGCGAGGUGCUGUCCGGGGCGCCGCCGCCGCCCAUCGGCCGCGACUCCAAAAUGCCCCCCGAAGACCCCCUCGCCAACAACAACCCGCCGGACACGACCGACCUCAACUUCAACCCGUACACCAACUUCUACUCGGACUUAGCGUUCCCCAUUCCAGUGAGCAUGAUCCACUUGUUGCCCCAGUCCGAGAAGAACAGAGAACUGGCGGCCGAGGAGCGAGCCAACGCGCUCGACCUCGUCACCGGGCUGAUCGACACAUCGCUGCCCAAGAAGUCCAUGUAAUGUCUGCACAAAUAUUGUCUUAGAGUUAGGUGAGAGUCCCAUCGUUUCUGACCGUGGUGCUAACCGACUGGUUUCCGCUCCGUCUCCUUCCCGGCGCCCAACAACGGUGAACGCAUUUUCUCGCGACACUUCUUGCGGAAACCAGGGUCAAAGCGUGCGAUCGAUGAUUUUAUGAUUAUGAUUUCUUGCUGCCCAGAACGUAAUUGGCGAGACGAGUGCAGGAGAGGAAUAUUUUCAAUCGACGUACUUCAAUUACUCUUGGGAUCAUCCAGAAUAAUCAGCAUUACCUUAGAAGACUGAGCCACACAAUUAUAAUAUAUUACGUAAAAUGUCGCUGUUCAAGUAAUUUUGAUUUUCCGGUUUAUUACAGCUCUGUUGUUACGUUUUGCCGGCAAUUAUAUUAAGCGUUCUCAAACUUACACACAACACACAAAAGAUUACAAUAAUGAUAAUAGUCUAAUAAGAAAGAGAAAAAGUUCCUGCUUAUACAAAUCAGUAGAUCUACACAAAAGCAAAAAACAGACAGACAAACAAACAGAUUCAAACACCUCAACCGUAAACUGAACAGCAAACUACUAUUGCAAAUACUACAUUUUAUAUUUAAGAGUUUAAUAUAACACGCAGCUCUCUAUGUUAAUUCAUUGACUUAAGUAGUGCCUACAUUUUUUACAUUCCAUUCUAUUUAGUACGAUGUAAAGGAGUAUACUGACCGAAAAAUCUCAAAGUGAAGCACAUAGUUCGAUCAUUCCUCAUUAAGUAAAUGCAAUGCGGUUGUCGAGUGCAUUGUCUAGUUUACAGCAAAUUAAUUUGCACAACUGCAUAGUUUCAAUCUCUCUGACAGCCUUUGAAUUUAUAAAGAUUCUUGUGAAACAGAAGUUUUUGAUUGAAUUAUCAAGUUCUAAUUGUGUCGGCUUCACUUUGUGCGAAAAAGCAUUAAAAAUCACGUCAUGCAGCAGCGGCAACAUCUCAUUCCGAGAGAAAGAUAGUUGCCGUUUCUCGGAAGAAAACGCGCAGGACAAAAGUUUCCAAAAAAAAAGAAAGACAACAAAUUUUUACUCUGGUGUGCACAGGUCACGUUUAAAUAUUAAUAGUUUUUAACUGCUAAUAUCUAGGCUGUAGGUAUAAUAAGAUACUACGCAGAGGAGAAAGCCUAAUAUUCAUAUACAUUUGUCAGAAAGGUUUGAUUUGAGAUAUUUUUGGUAACAUUGGUGAUAAACAAAUCCUUGCUUAGAGAGGAGACAACUACAUAUGCACACUGAAUAUUCCUGUGUUAUUUGUGAUAUAAGGUCACCUGCGUGCAAGAGUAAAAAACAGGCGCUGUGAUAUGGAAACUUUGUCUUGCUUCAAAAACGGGCGGUUUCGUUUCUGGCAAGCCGGGCAAAACAAGUGCAUAUUUACACACGAUAGGCGAACCGCGUUGCCGGCUGGGCCAAGGAGCGAACCGCAUUUUCCAGCUGGAAAAUUUGCGAUGUGAUAGCAAAAACAAAAAUAGUUUACUGCAUUCCCCACCCAAGGUUCACACGUGUUUUUAUUAUUUAACCGUUGGACUCUUAACUCAAAAUCUCUUAACCUUCGGUUUCCGUUACGAAUUUUUCUGCUUUCGUGGGCAGCAUUUUAGAAACAGACAGAUUCAAAAUUUACCCUUGAAGGAAAAUGAUAUCAGUGUGUAACUACCAAAAAUUGUCGCCCAAAUUGAUGGGGUAUAGUGAUGUGAGGUGCGUGUUUUUAUGAACUAUCAAAUAAGUGAGAGAACGAAUGAGAGAUUUUUGUUUUAAAAAAUUGGUCCACUUAACUGGACUCGUUCUGUUGAUCCGUUUGUGACAUUUUGAUUGUUUCUCAAGUGCGACAUGAGAGUUAAUUGAUUUAGGGUAAGGAACAGACGAGGCUCUUGUUUAUUGUUUUAGUGAGAUAUAAUUAAGUAGUUCUGCGCGGAGUCGACUGUUUGACUGUCGAAUGGCAAAAUUCUCUCAGCAAGUAUUUUACAGAUUUUAGGAGACGAUUGGCUGUGAGUUGAUCUAUAUUAUGCUGUCAAACAGGGGCUCUGCGAUCGAUAUUCAUUUAGAUGCAGUACUUAUUGAAAAAGUGGGAAGUAAUAAGAAUUAAAAAUCAUACGCUAAAACUGGAAUCUCUUACCUCAAAUGCGCGCACGGAGCGCGUAAUAAUUCAUGGAAAAAGUAUUGUAUUCAAACUAUUCACUUGUUACACACACUCAAAGAAGACGCGUUGCGAAAAGUGUACAUAUUUUCAUCAAGACGAAAAUUAUUUUCUUUGAGAAAGAGAAAAACGGGAGCGUAGGCGUUAAGAUAAAAAAAAAUACGAAACUCACACAUUUAAAGGGAUUCAGGGUACUCUCCUAGCUGUACGAAGUGCGAAAUUAGAACAAAAGAUCAUUUUAACCUCAGGAAUUGUCACAAACAAAACCAAGUGUUAUUCUUUUUAUAAUUUGCGCCGAAGCAGCAUCAAAAUGCGGUCGAAAGGAUAUUUUUCCCGCCAAACGAGUGCCAUCCUCAGCACUCUGGACAAAAUGCAAUCAAAUCUCUACUCAUUUUGAUGCUCUACUCGAACCUUCAAUGUGAUUAAAAUAGAUGAAAAGCAGGAAUAUUUGUGUCCGAGUAUUUAUGAAAUUAGCCUACAUAUGUUUAAUCAUCAGCUUCUUAGCAGGACGAAAGGGGGAAGAUCGGUUUGGCAGACGAAAAGUGAAUGAUAUUAUACCAUUCUUCCGCGCUUCAAUGAGGAGAAAAUGCAUGAAAUUCUUUACUGUAUGUAUACUUGUUAACGAACGAUGACACGAACAAGCGGCGGAAAACUCUAGCAGUUGUAGCGGUCUCAAAAUUUUGGGUGUUUUGUAAAUAAUUGAUAACUUACAGAUGUAAAGGAAGAUCGGUUUUUGUGACUAUGUGUUCAACUAAUGACUGUAAUCUGAAAAUCGGUGUUUCCACAAACGCAGUGUCCGUCGUCGGGGACGUUGUCCCGCAAAGCAACAAAAAUCAGCAAUAAUCGAUGAAAUUCAGACGUUUACGGUGGUCUCACAAUUCGAAACAAAUAAUGGCGAAAUUAAAUUUUUAUAAAUAAAUAAAUAUAUGGACGCGGUCGCUGAAAAUCUGUUACCUCAGAUUGGAAUUUGUUUCACUGUUUUUGUUUUCAUGAUGGUAUAUGUUCUGAAAGCUGUGGAUAUUAACAAUUAAAUGAUAAAUAAAA